UCUCGGUCUCUCUCUCUCUCUCAGAGUCACAGCCUUUUGGUAUUUUUUUUUGGCUCGGAUUUUUUUCUUUGCCGGCGUUUUCUGUCCCUGGGGUUUCGCUUUGGGAAGUGGAUGUGAUAAUAUGGCUAGGGUUGACAGUGGAGGAAUGUCUGAGGUCAGAGAUCCAGCGAUCAAGCUAUUUGGGAGGAAGAUACCGUUGCUGGAGGAGCAGCCACUGGCUGAGGAAGGGGGAGUCGCGGAUUUGGCUCAGGCGAUGUUGCCGCUGAAGGUGGGGGAGAAGGAUACAUGCAAAGAAAAAGCAAACACUAAGGUUGAUGCAAUGUUGGAUGCCCCAGAGAAUUUGGACCAAAAUGAAUCACUCAGCUCUUCUGGCUUGUGCCAUGGUAUUGAAGAAAACCAGAAAACUGCAACUGAGAUUGCAAAAGAUGCUGAAGAGCCAAAGUCUGAACAGGAUAACAAAGAGAGUGGAACUUCAGGUGAAGAUAAAGUUCUGAAGAAGCCUGAUAAGGUUCUUCAAUGUCCACGCUGCAACAGUAUGGACACCAAGUUCUGUUAUUAUAACAAUUACAAUGUUAACCAACCAAGGCACUUUUGUAAGAACUGCCAAAGAUAUUGGACUGCUGGAGGAACAAUGAGGAAUGUCCCUGUGGGUGCUGGAAGGCGUAAAAAUAAGCAUUCUUCCUCAACCUACCGGCAUACGGUGGUUAUGCCAGAUGCAUUGGCAUCAGUUCAAGUAGAUGGUUCUGAUCUAAGCCAUCAUGAAGCUUCUCCUUGUGGCUCUAGUACCACUACGAGGUUACCCUUAAAGUGUAAUGGCACUGUUCUAAAAUUUGGACCAGAAGCUCCGCUUUGCGAGUCUAUGACCUCUGUGCUCAAACUUGGAGACCAGAAGAGAGCUUCUGAGUUGGGCUUCACAACUCAUCGGGAAAAUAAAGAGGAGCCCUCAUGUUCAUCAUCUGCUAAAGUUUCUAAACAUGCAGAAAAUGGUUUCCCUGAAGAUGCAGAACAAAAAGCCUUGCAUGGAUAUCAAAAUGGACUCGCACCAUUGCAUCACUUGCAAUGUUACCCGGUGUCUCCUUGGGCUUAUGCCUGGAAUCCAGGAUGGAGCAACAUUGCUGCUGCUGCCGCCAUGGCAGCAGCGGGGCGCUCGCCGGAGCCUCUACCGAGACAAGAAAAUGGUAUUCCUACACCGAUCUCAUGGAGUCGACCACCAAUGGUGACUGCUCCUCCUUUCUGUGCUCCUACAUUUCCAUUUCCAUUAGUACCUACUUCCUUUUGGAGUUGCAUACCUAGCUGGACUGGUGGACCUUGGAAUCUACCUUUGGUAGGAAACAACAAUAGAUUGUCGCCAUCAUCAUCUACAAGCAACAGCAACUGUUCAGGCAAUGGGUCUCCAACCUUGGGUAAGCAUUGUAGGGAUGCCACUUCGAUUGGUGAGGAGAACACAGAGAAGUCCUUAUGGGUUCCUAAAACUCUGAGGAUUGAUGAUAUAGAUGAGGCUGCAAAGAGUUCAAUUUUUGCUACUCUUGGAAUUAAACUUGAUGAAGGUUGUUUGUUCAAAGCUUUCCCAUCCAAAUCUCAGAAGGGGGAAGCUGCAGAUGCCGCACAACUUCUGCAUGCCAAUCCAGCAGCCUUUUCUCGUUCUCAAUCAUUUCAGGAGACCACUACGUAAGUUGCUAGUAGUUUGAGAGCUUUCAGUCUUGCAGCUCCAAUAAGGCAGAGCGUUUCUUUUGUUAUUAUGGAUGCUGAUGAUUUCACAGAGAGAUUAUUGUAGAGACUGUUAGUUCAUUCCACCAAAGCUGCAUCGAAUAUAAGGCUUGAUAUGAUCUCUGUGAUUGUGCUGUAAAUAUUAAAAAAAAUUGUAAGUUAUAGCUUUUAUAUCAAACAUAGUUAUUUGUUGACUGCCACGUCCUGGAAUGGGAUGACAAUGUUGUGAGAAAUUCUUGUUCAGAGCAAUAAUAAUUAUUAUUAUUUGCAAAGAA